UAAAUUGUUAGCACGCAUGUGAAUACUGUUUAUUUGGACAAAACAAUAAUAUAUAAAAUUUAUAAUGAAAUUUUGAGAAUUUUGUUUUGUUUUUUGUUUUUGUUUUUUGUUUUAAUUUUGUAAAAUAACUGGAUACGUGCGUGCUUAUAAUCGUUUUAUUCCUCGACAUUUACCAUGUUUACACGAAGGAGGGCAAUAAUUGCAAAAGAUAAUAUACUUCUUGCCAAGUUAAACUGAAUGUUCCUAUCAGUUCAGGACGGAUGAUAAUAUCUUAAGUCAAGAUAUGAAGUGCCUGGUUUGGUGUAUCCAAAAUUUCGGUAACCAGUGCAGUACGGUCUGAUGUAUAAAUACAAGUUUAUUGAUCCCACUUCCAUAAACUGUUUUGAAGUGAAUAAUUUAACGUGGAUAGGAAUGAGGACCAAGAAUAGGUGGUGUGCGUCUUAUUAACAUUUUAGUACACAAACUGGCCUAAAAUUGAGAGAAUGAUGUGGCACACACAGGAGAAGUUAUCUCAAGAAUUUAUACUCACAGAUUAUUUUUUAACACUUAAGAAAUAAUUGAAAAUUUAUUUUCAUUUCAUUAGUUUCUUAUAAAGAUGGCUUCGCGGAUCAGCGAAGAAGAAUCAAACUACCUGAAAGUAGUUGUCAUACUCCUGCGAAUCGCAACACCUUUAGUAAGAAUUCAAUUUGAUAAAGAGUUUCAUCCUAUUCAGUUAAAGAAAGAACUACAAAAAGCUCGACCUAAACUUCACCGUUUAUUAAGCCAAGAACAGAUGGAUUUGUUGUAUCCUAAGACAGGUGUUCCCGAAUCACAGAUGUUUGAUAUCACACUUAUGAUUUUGUUGAUCAAGAACUUGACUAAAAUUGAGAUAUCCGAUGUUCUUCCCUAUCAGACCCGUAACAAUCUUGGGGCUCAUUUAUCUAGGAUAAAAAUUUACAGAAAUAUGAUAGCCCAUUCUAAACAUGGAACAAUAAGCAACACAGAUUUUGCCGAAUGUUGGGAAAAUAUAACAAUUGCAGUUGUUGGUCUUGGUGGCCAUAAGAAAGAGUGUGAGGAAUUAGAGACAAAGCUAUUCAGUGCUUAUGAAUUAAGCUUAGUGCCAGAUGAGAUCAGGUUUAAAAUGCUUAAAAAUGAGCUAAGCGAAGUUCUUGAUAAAGUUAUUGGAAUAGUCGAAAAGGUAACUUCGAAUGAAUUACAAGACGACGACGACGAUUUUGGUGCAUCUGAUGACCAUACGAGGUUAUGGACACUUUUCACUGAUACCGGGAGGCAGGUUUUGUACCAUUUUGUGGAACUUAGACUUCCUCCAACUCAAGAUGGAACAUAUUCACUUCGCAAGUUUUUUGACAAACAUAGAAAUAUCUUCCAUCAACCAUGUUGUCUGUGUUUACAGCAAAUUUCGGAAGAUGGACCAUCAGGUGGAACUAAAAGGACAAAUUGUUUUCCGGAAUAUUUUGAUAAAACAAACGUUUCUGUUGAAGAUUGUCCGCUUAAUGAUUUAAUUGGCUAUCUCAUGAAAGCUGGGAAAUGCAACGAAACAGAGAAAAAUUGGUUUGAAACGAUUAUGCAAACCAUACAAGCUCAAACUUCUUGGGAUGAUCUCGAAAAAAUUAAAUAUCUUGCAGAACCUGUCAGAUAUAAGAACAUAGUCCAAUUGCAAAUUAAUACAUUGAAAAUGGUUGUUGACGAGUAUAAAUUACUUUAUCGAAAAAAGAAAAAAGGACUUAUAUCUCACAAAGAAGGUGGACAUGAGAAAUGUGCAAAGGGACAAGAUUUGUCCAGCUUAGAAAAUGACGAAUAUAUGGAAAGAUUUGAGAAAAGGACAGCUAAAAUCAAGAUUAGUAAAAGAAAGCUAGAAAAUACAGAGGAAUGGGAUGUUACUAUAUCAACAGAAGAGAAAAGGGCAAAAAUGAGAAUUGAUGGUCUGGCCGAGAAAGAAGAAAUAAAAGUUUUAGACGAGAGAGAUCUCUUCCAAUGUGAAAUAGGGACGACAUCGUCGUUAAAAAUAGUAAAUGUGAAAAAAGGGUCUAUACAGCUUUACCUUCGUGCUGCGCCUAACGCAUUUAAAAGUCAUAAAUCUUUCAGAUCAUCAAUUCGUGCUGUAAUCCAGAGAGUACUAGAAGUAGGACAAGUUGACACAAGCAUUGAAGGCACUUUUUAUGUACAAGUUACCUUUGAUACUGGUGAAACAAGGGACAGGAUUGGAGUGAUACAGCAACUGAUAUAUCAAAACACUAUGGAUAAAGAAUUGGACAAAGAUACAAAACAAAAUGAAGACAUAGAGGCAAGAAAUAGGGAAUUAGUAGAAAUUGUACAUCGACUGAAAAAUGAAAACGAAGAAAUCAAAACAAGAAAUAGGGAACUGGAAGAAUCUGUCAAUCGACUAAAUGAAGAAAAUGAGGAAAUACAAAGACGAGAUAGGGAACUGGAAGAAACUGUAGAUCGACUGAAAGAGAAUGAAGACUUACACAAGAACCGUAUGGGAGAACUUGAAAGCAAAAUGACCCGACUGAAAGUGGCAAACGAAGCGAAUAAAGAAUUACAAACAAAAAAUAGGGAACUAGCUGAGGCAGUGAACCGACUAAAAGGAAAGAAUGAAGUCCUUCGAAAGAAUAUUAAAGAACAACCGGUAGACAGAUUUAACCAGCUGGCGAAAAUAUCAGACAAAGAAGAAGACACGAAACUUGAGGAUAAAAAAAUAUUUUUAAUGGUGAUAUCAAUUGUUCCAUUGCCAAAAGAUCUUAAAGAUGCAAAUAAAGGCAAAGUAACAGAACUUUCAAGAUUUUUGGAAAAGAACUAUGGAUCGAACUACACAAAUAAUUUUAUGAUAACAGUCAAUGACAAAUAUAACAGAGGAUUUUUUGAAACGACAUUUGAAGACCAGAAAGAUUCAUUAGAUAAGGGGACUGUCGAAUGCUUAAAUAACAAAGUAGGAGAACCAGAAUGGAAAUUGGAUUUGUUCAGAGAAAUUAACGGAUAUGAAUAUGAGGAAAUGGAAAACAGCUGGUAUUUUGGAGAAGAGGAACAAAACAAGGUUUUAUCUCGAAAGAAUAUGUGAAAAAACGAUAAAUAAAACAAAUUAGGUAGUGCUAGUAGGUGUACAAGUUUAUUUUUCGCGUCAUAUCUGAAUAUGUUGAACCCAUGGAGUAUAUGACAGUGAUACCUUUUAUUUGAUAUAUUGUUUUAGAUCGUUUAGCAACAUUUAUAUACAUAUUAUAAAAAAGGCCAUUAAGACACGAAAAUGUUGGAACACUGCCACAUUUACAUUGUUACAAAAGUAUCAUUAUUAGUACUAGUAUUAGUGUAUUCGCAUUUACAAGAAAUGUUAUUUAUUGCAAUGACAUAUUAUACAGGCAACUAUCCACCAACAUUGUGUUCCUAAACUAUUUCUUUUAUUGUUAAUUGCAAUGACAUUGUCUGUCAUAUUUAAUUUCAUAAUAAGGGAGAAGGUUUGCGAAGACAGCUUCAGGUCUUUGAAAACGUAAAUAUUAAGUUACUUAACAGCAUUUGUCAGAUCUUCACAUGUUGUUGAUUGCAUAUAUGAAUUAAUUACAGUGUAGUUGAUAUUAUUAAAUUGUAUGAUCUCAUCAUAUAUUGUUGUUUAAAUGUAUAUAACUUAAAAAGAAUAAAGUUUUUACUAGUU